CAAUCUACAAUUUGAUGAUAUUGUUCGACACAAGGCGGGGUAGUUCGAUAUUCGCCGGUCGAUCCGAGACACUAAAGAUUAGCACAUACGCCCGUGGACAUUAUAAUGGACCUCGCAGACGAUUGAAAAGUACUCACGUGCAGUUAUAUGAUCGAUUGUGUAUGGGGACUAGGGGGUUGUUUAAGUGGUUUCGCAUGGAAUUUAAUGAAGAUCCGGUCGGUUGCUAGGAAACUCAAUACUGUCCUGGAAUUACUUGUGGGAUCGCGAAAUUUGGGUGCAAGUUGUGACAUCUCAAGAUAUCACCAUGGAGAUGCCGAGGCUAGAUCUGACCAAAUCGACGAUCACGGGGAAGAUGCUGGAUCGCGGACGCCAGAGUGUGAGCAGCAACCGCGGCCGGAUGUCCGUCGCCUCCUCGUACUCGGUCGGCUCCAUGGACCUCACAUACAGGGACUACUUUGGCCCUCCAAAUUACACGCCGUUUGACGAAAGCAUGGUCGAGUUAGAUUUCAUCAAAGUUCGGACAAAAAUGCACGUCAAACGAAUGAAUUCGUUAAAACACCAGUACGUGGAUUGGUUCUCACGAAAAUGCCAGACUUUCCUGGAUGGAAUAAAACUCACUCAAAUAUUAUCUCAGAAACUUGUACCAGAAGUUAUUUUGACAAUGCAAGACUUCAAGAAAGUCCACGCGAUGUCACGUCGAUUUCCUAGAAACGGGACUCCUCGAGAUUCCAAUCCCGCGAAAUUGGAUGAUUUUUUCAUGUUCUGGAUGGCGAUGACCGAUCUCAAAGAAGAAACGGACUCGCUCUACGAGGCUUUGUGCAAAUACUGUGAUAGCAUUACUCGACUUAGACAUCCUUUUAUUAAAGAGGAGGUAGACCUUUAUAAACAGAAGCUUGAUGAAGCGUAUUCGGAGGAGUACGAUUUUUCGGAUGUUAAAAAUGAGCGCGACAAUUUGUUCACGUAUAAAGUGGCUUCUUUUGACCAUAGAUUCCAUGGAUUAUUGAAUUACAUACCUUAUCUCAUGACUAUGUCUGUGCGAAUGUUAGCUUUGUUCGGUAAAAUUCACUUAGAAAAGGAAUAAUAGCUUCUUUGACAUGUUUUUUGGUGGCUAAUAUUUCGCCGCAGGAACAUUGAUUUACCGUCAAUACACCCCUUAAUACGGUAUAAUUUUGGUCGAUUAAUAAGUUAAGAUUUAUGCUUUAUCAUUCACCAAGGCCACAGUAUUUUAGCACGAUGUUGAUACUAAGGAUCAGGGACAUAGAUUUAAUGAGUUGAUAGAUAGCCAAGUAAGUAAAAGAUUGUUUGUUGAACCUGAGAACUUUUAAGUGGAUAAAAGUGAAUUAAUUCAUUAGGAAGAGGCCUUAACCGUAAAAGAUAUUUUUCACUAACCCAACCAACCCAUAUUUGCUGUGCCCAAACUUAACUUUUUGUAUUCUAAGUUGAAUUUCGAUCAUUUUUGCUAGAUCUGCAUUUUAUUUUGCGAAAUUUCACAUCAAAGGGAUGUGUUCACAGAUUUACAUCAAAGGGAUGUGUUCACAGAUUUGGUCAUGUUUUGAACACAUGUGGAAGUAACGUACCCUGGAUAAUAUUUUUUUUAUGGAGCCCACUGUAUUCAAAUAAAUAUAUAAAUUCAUGUUUAAUGAGAAACAAAUUGACAAAGAGCCAUGAAAAAAUUCCCCACCUUCUGAUAUUGAAAUCAUGAUUUUUUUUCAUGGCUCUUUGUCAAUUUGUUUCCCAUUAAACAUGAUUUUAUAUAUUUAUUUGAAUAUAUUGGGCUCCUAAAAAAUACUAUCCUGGGUACGUUACUUCCACCUGUGAGGCUGUGGUUUUGAAGUUUGUUUUAAAUUGAUAAAUGUAAACAUCGGAACUUAAGAGCUCCAGUAUAAAACAAAAAUAAAAUUAAACAAAGAAAAAAAGUAGUCCAAAUCUGGUCUCGAACCACUGACCCUUGGAGCUAACGUCUAGCGCUGAAACCACUCGGCCAUUCGUGCCGGUUUGGUACAUUAUGUAUUUUAUACGUUACAUAAGCAAUCCUCGUAAUGUCACAUAAUAUAACGAUAACAGCAAACUUUCCUUACUAUUCAAUCGUUUCGCGUUUGUAACGCUUUAUAAUUUUCAGGUUUAUAAAUCAUAAAAAGAUAUAUAUAUAAUGGAUAUUAUAGAUCAUAUUAAAUGUUUAGUAUUACUGUUUCCUUUCAAUAAAACAACAACACUUAACUACAACGAAAUUUUGCAAAUCUGAAACAUUUUAUUCAAUUUUGUCAAUUUAUCAAAACGUGAACACGUCCCUUUACAUAUGAAUAUUUAUUCAUGCUGAUAAUAGCCAUAUUGUUCUGGCGUUUCCUGUCGUCCUUUUGUCGCUUUUGCGGGUGUACGUGAUUACGAAAAAGACGUAUGUAUGCGUGGAUUACGUUGGAUGUUAAUGUUUUAUAUCUACGGUAAUUCAGUUUUAAUUUUGUUUAAACAUUAGACAUAAUUAUUCGUUAGGAUCUUCAAUUCGCCAAUCGGCCCACUGACGAAAAAGACGAAAAAUAUUAUCUGACGAAUAAUAAUGGUUGCACAGUAUUUGGCAUGUCCUGUCGCUCUUUUGUCGUUCUAGUGGGUAUAUUUGGCAUGUCGGCGACCUUCUUUAAACCCACCAACACGCUUGAGCGCUAUGACAGAAAUCAGCAACUACAAGAAAGAAUGUUGAAUAUGGCCAUCACGUUUUCUUCUUAAAGUAUGAAAUUACUUGUCUAGUGUGUAAAUGGUAAAGAACGAAAACGUUUAACCAACCUGCAUAUUUAUUUGGAGUUUUUAGUGGAUAAACCUUUUUUGUUUGACCAAGACAACUUACGUGGCCUAGAUUUCUGAUUGUAAGUAUGCAUAAAUGUAUCUAUUAAGUAGUUACCGUAACAGUAUCAUUUAAUUUUGUUAACAACAAUUGCAUGCUUGCAUGUGUAUAGAUUCAAUAGAUGAUUGAAUAACAUUCCGUGUCUAAUGUCAGUGGGAAUCUUGACGUUAUUGGUGAAAACUGUUUCUAUUGAGAAACAUUAAGCAAAUAACUAUACUAGCCAGGACGGUCUUGUAUGCCAAAUAAAAUAUUGCCAUUGGUAUUUUACAGAUAAUUGCCGUAUAAAUAUUGCUUCAUUUUAAUAGACAACGUUGACUACAACUAAUACAAACUUCUAUUAUCGUACUUUGAAUCAUCGCAAAUAAGCUAUUAUGUAUUGCAAGGGCAUGUUUAACGUUUUCUGUAUAUAGUCCGUAGAGCUAUGAUGCCUUACAUGGUGCGGAUGCCUGUAGUAUUAACCGUUACAGUAUCUGUUUUAAUUAAAAUACGAACUUGAA